CCGAAUCUUACCUCUUUGAAAUUAGCCCAUAUGGAGUAUAACGUUCCAAUUAAACUAGGAAUGAUCCCAAGUACUUUAAAAGAACUUACACUGCCAAUAGAUUAUAAUCAUCCACUUCAUGAAUUCUUUAUUAUAAACGAAUGUCUUUAUUACAUACCAGUUUUUCCCCCAUAUGGAUUGACUAAAUUGUAUAUUACCAACUUUUUUAAUAAACCAAUUCUUCCAAACGUGCUUCCAAGAACUUUAAAAGAACUAAAAAUUGGUACUUCUUUCACUCAUGAAUUGUAUUUCCAAAGUAUUCCAGACUCUGUUACUUUGCUUAAUUUUGACUGCCCAUAUUAUAAUCAUCAGUUUGCUCCAGGAAUCCUUCCAAGAAAUUUAAUAAUGCUAGUGAUUGGUAAUAAUGUUCCGUUAUUACCUGGCUCUUUACCAGAAUCUCUUACUUAUCUCAAACUAGGUCGCCACUUUAACCAUCCUAUUACUCCUGAUCUAUUACCAAUACAUCUUAAAAAAAUAUCUUUUGGUCCAAAUUUCAACAUUACAAAGAUUACCAUUGAAUCAAUCUCUGAUACUCUCUCUAUUUUUAAUUAUUACUCGCCCUCAAUCAUAAGACCGAAUCUUACCUCUUUGAAAUUCGCCGAUAUGGAUUAUAAUGUUCCAAUUAAACCAGGAAUGAUCCCAAGCACUUUAAGAGAACUUACUUUGCCAACAGAUUUUAAUCAUCCACUUCAUGAAGUCUUUGCUAUAAACAAUUGCCCUUAUUACAUUCCAGUUUUUCCCGCAUAUGGAUUGACUAAAUUGUACAUUACCAACUAUUUUAAUCAACCAAUUCCUCCAUACGUGCUUCCAAGAACUUUAAAAGAACUAAAAAUUGGUUUUUCUUUCACCCAAGAAUUGUAUUUCGAAAGUAUUCCAGACUCUGUUACUUUUCUUACUCUUGACUGCCCAGAUUAUGAUCAUCAGCUUGUUCCAGGAAUCCUUCCAAGAAAUUUAAAAAAGCUAAAGAUGCGUAAUAAUGUUCCGUUAUUACCUGGAUCUUUACCAGAAUCUCUUACUUAUCUCAAACUUGGCGGCCACUUUAACCAUCCUAUUACUCCUAAUCUUUUACCAAAAAGUCUUCAAAAAAUUUCCUUUGGUCCAAAUUUCAACAGUUUCUUUGUUCCAUCUGAAAAUGUCCAUACAAUCAUUUUU